CGUGGCCCUCGCGGCGCCCCGUAGCCUCGCGCCCCCAGCGUCCCGCCGAGCUGGUGCCAAGAUGGCGGCGCUGACGCCUGGAGGGCGGCCGUGCCUGAGGCCGCGGGGGCCGGAGCGGAGCCGCCGCGGCUGAGGUUUCCGAGCCGCCGCUCGAGGCUGCGCUCCACCGCCGGGACUCCGGCCUCCAGGGAGGCCGGGGCCGCCGGGACAUGGUGCGAGUCGCGCCGCUUCCCCGCCGCCGCUGAGCUUGCCGGCCGCGCCCGGGCCGGGACGUCCGAGCGGGAAGAUGUUUUCCGCCCUGAAGAAGCUGGUGGGGUCGGAGCAGGCCCCGGGCCGGGACAAGAACAUUCCUGCCGGGCUGCAGUCCAUGAACCAAGCGUUACAGAGGCGCUUCGCCAAGGGGGUGCAAUACAACAUGAAGAUAGUGAUCCGGGGAGACAGGAACACGGGCAAGACGGCGCUGUGGCACCGCCUGCAGGGCCGGCCGUUCAUGGAGGAGUACAUCCCCACGCAGGAGAUCCAGGUCACCAGCAUCCACUGGAGCUACAAGACCACGGAUGACAUCGUGAAAGUUGAAGUCUGGGACGUGGUGGACAAAGGAAAAUGUAAAAAGCGAGGCGAUGGCUUGAAGAUGGAGAACGACCCACAGGAGGUGGGUGCUGCUCCUGAAAUGGCCCUGGAUGCCGAGUUCCUGGACGUUUACAAGAACUGCAAUGGGGUGGUCAUGAUGUUCGACAUCACCAAGCAGUGGACCUUCAAUUACAUUCUCCGGGAGCUUCCAAAAGUGCCCACCCACGUGCCGGUGUGUGUGCUGGGGAACUACCGGGACAUGGGGGAGCACCGAGUCAUCCUGCCAGACGACGUGCGUGACUUCAUCGACAACCUGGACAGACCUCCAGGUUCCUCCUACUUCCGCUACGCUGAGUCUUCCAUGAAGAACAGCUUUGGCCUAAAGUACCUUCAUAAAUUCUUCAACAUCCCCUUCUUGCAGCUUCAGAGGGAGACGCUGCUGCGGCAGCUGGAGACAAACCAGCUGGACAUGGACGCCACGCUGGAGGAGCUGUCGGUGCAGCAGGAGACGGAGGACCAGAAUUACGGCAUCUUUCUGGAGAUGAUGGAGGCUCGCAGCCGUGGCCAUGCAUGCCCCCUGGCGGCCAACGGGCAGAGCCCGUCCUCGGGUUCCCAGUCACCAGUGGUAGCUCCAGGCACCGUGUCCACGGGGAGCUCCAGCCCCAGCACACCCCAGCCUGCCCCACAGCUACCCCUCACCACCACCCCGCCAGCCUCCGUGGCCCCUACGCCACCCUCAGAGGCCCUGCCCCCGCCUGCAUGCCCCUCGGCCCCCGCCCCACGGCGCAGCAUCAUCUCCAGGCUGUUUGGGACCUCGCCUGCCGCUGAGGUCGCCCCACCUCCUACAGAGCCAGGCCCGGCCGCAGAGGCCCCAGCAAAAGUCCAGAAUGUGGAGGACUUCAUUCCCGAGGACCCCCUGGACCGCAGCUUCCUGGAAGACAUGGCCCCCGCCAGGGUCGAGAAGGUCGGGGCCAAGGCUGCGCAGCAGGACAGCGACAGUGAUGCGGAGACCCUGGCUGGCAACCCGAUGGUGGCAGGGUUCCAGGACGACGUGGACCUCGAAGACCAGCCAGUAGGGAGUCCCCCGCCACCCACGGGCCCCAUCCCUAGUCAAAACAUCACUCUUUCAAGUGAGGAGGAAGCCGAAGUGGCACAUCCCCCAAAAGGCCCUGCGCAGGCUCCUCAGCAGUGCUCAGAGCCAGGGACCAAACGGUCCUCCGCACCAACCUCAAAGCUACAAAGGGAGGCAGCUCCUGCGAGGGCCACAGCACCCCCCUGGCCAGGCGGUGCCCCUGUUCACUCGGGUCCUGAGAAGCGCAGUAGCACCAGGCCCCCCGCCGAGAUGGAGACAGGGAAGGGUGAGCAGGCGUCCUCGCCUGAGAGUGACCCCGAGGGGCCCAUUGCAGCACAAAUGCUGUCCUUCGUCAUGGACGACCCUGACUUUGAGAGCGAAGCAUCAGACACACAGCGCAGGGCGGAUGAGUUUCCCAUUCGAGAUGACCCCUCCGACGUGAGUGAUGAGGACGAGGCCCCGGCCCCGGCCCAGCCGCCCCCACCCCGCAAGCCUCCUCUCCCCGCCUUCAGACUGAAGAAUGACUCGGACCUCUUUGGGCUGGGGCUGGAAGAGGCUGGACCCAAGGAGAGCAGUGAGGAAGGUAAGGAGAGCAAAGCCCCCUCCAAGGAGAAAAAGAAGAAGAAGAAGAAAGGCAAAGAGGAGGAAGAAAAGGCUGCGAAGAAGAAGAGCAAACACAAGAGGAACAAGGACAAGGAGGAGGGCAGGGAGGAGCCGCGGCGGCGAAGGCAGCGGCCCCCGCGUGCCCGGGAGAGGACGGCUGCCGACGAGCUGGAGGCUUUCCUGGGGGGUGGGGCUCCGGGCGGCCGCCACCCUGGGGGUGGCGACUAUGAGGAGCUCUAAGCCUGCUGGGGCAGUGGCCGUCCUGGGCCGGGGGUGUGCCUGUCACUGCCUGGGGAGGCUUUGCGGCUGCGCCAUCGCCUUUGCUGCUGCCUGGGAUCUGCCACGUGCACUUUGGAGCCGGAAGAGGCCGGGCAUCGGCAGCCCCGGCAUGAACCUGCUCUGCAGGGAGGGAGGGGACACCUGGCUUUGGCUGGGCUCGGUGGACACCCUGGCCCUCUUGGGGCAGAGCUGCCAGUCCCCAGUGUUUCUCAGGGAUGUGACUGAGGCCCAGGAGGGACCCGUGAGGGUCUGUUUACAGAGGCUGGGCAGGGGCCGCUUGGCCUUGGGGUGUGCACCGCCCUGGCACCUGCUUGCCCUCCACCCUGGCACCUGCUUGCCCUCCACACCCACCCAGGGCCACAGGGUGUCUGUGGCUGUGCCUCCGGCCGGGAGCCUUGAGCACAAGUGUGUAGACCCACCAUAAAGGGCAGCCAGGCCCUGCACUACACAAGGCUGGUGAGAGAGGGCAGCACCCGAGGCCUCUCCUUGGGGAGGGGUGCUUCCCAGGUACCAUCUCCCCACAGCGGCCCCCGCUGCACCCCGCUCAGGUGAGCCCAGAGACUGGAGCUGGGAGGCGCUCCUGUCACAGUCCACUCGGACCAUAAAGCACUCCUGUCUCA